UACUGCGCAUGUUGCAUGACAGGUGCCGAGCCUCCAUCUUGGCGCCGCUGGAGCAAGAGGCGAUAAACAUCAACAACAGCCACCGCAGACAUGACGCCUCGCUGCCGCGACGUGACGGCGCUCUAACCGGGCGACGGAAGAAAAGCUUCGACGCGGGCGUGGACGGAGGGAAAGGCGGGAAGGAAGGAGGAUGGAAAGGUCCGGAAGGUGCCGUUAACGACGAGUAGCACGGCUAGCUUUCACCAGGGGGGAGUUUCUACCGCGUCUGACAGGCUCCACUCGCUCCAGGAUGGGCAUCAAGAGACUAUUCUUCUUCCUGGUGCUCCUCUGUGUCUGCCUCCAGGGAGCAUCUGCCAAAGAAAAGGGAACCAAAAAGGGGAAAAAGAAGGGGCAGCAGGUUUAUUGCCCAUCGGAGCUGUCAUCUGAGGAUCUGGCCCGAGUCCCUGCCAAUUCCACCAGUAACAUCUUGAACAGGUUACUGAUCACCUAUGAUCCCAGAAUACGACCCAACUUCAAAGGAAUACCAGUGGAAGACCGAGUGAACAUUUUCAUCAACAGCUUUGGUUCCAUCCAAGAGACCACUAUGGACUACAGAAUCAACAUCUUCCUGCGACAGCGCUGGAACGACCCCAGGCUCAAGCUGCCGACGGACUUCAAGGCCGACUCGCUCACCGUCGACCCCAAGAUGUUCGGCUGCCUCUGGAAGCCCGACCUGUUCUUCGCCAACGAAAAGAGCGCAAAUUUCCACGACGUCACGCAGGAGAACAUCCUCCUCUUCAUCUUCCGGAACGGCGACGUGCUCAUCAGUAUGAGGUUGUCCGUCACCCUGUCUUGUCCUCUGGACCUGACAUUGUUCCCCAUGGACACCCAGAGGUGCAAAAUGCAACUUGAAAGCUUCGGCUACACCACGGACGACCUGCAGUUCAUGUGGCAAACAGGAGACCCCGUACAGAUGGACGCCAUCGCUCUACCCCAGUUCGACAUCAGACAAGAAGACAUCGACUACGGCAACUGCACCAAAUUCUACUCUGGAACAGGCUACUACACUUGUGUGGAGGUUAUCUUCACCCUGAGGCGACAGGUGGGCUUCUACAUGAUGGGCGUCUACGCGCCCACGCUACUCAUCGUGGUACUCUCCUGGCUGUCCUUCUGGAUCAACCCUGACGCCAGCGCUGCCAGGGUCCCUCUGGGGCUGCAUGAAUUACAUUGCCAUCCCUGUCCACUGCCUUCAUCUCUCCUUCAUCCUCCCUCCAGUUGUUUAUCACCUCCCUCACGCCAUCAUCACCACAACUCCACACGGGAGGCGUCGUCCUCUGACUCCUCUCUAAAUGGGACCAGCGCAGGCAUCCUGUCCGUGCUCUCGCUGUCCUCCGAGUGCACCUCGCUGGCAACGGAGCUGCCCAAGGUCUCCUACGUGAAGGCCAUCGACAUCUGGCUCAUCGCCUGCCUGCUGUUUGGCUUCGCCUCGCUGGUAGAGUACGCCGUGGUCCAAGUUAUGCUCAACAGCCCCAAGCGCAUCGAGGCGGAGAAGGCCAAGAUAGCUGCCAAGGAGAAGGCCAUGGGAAAGAGUGCCGCCGCCGUUGCUGCUGUUACCACCACCUCCACCGGCACCAUCAACACCACCACCAGGAACAACACGGUCAACGGGACCGGGGGGACGCCGCUCCACGUCAGCACCUUGCAUGUGGCAGAGACCCGCUGCAAGAAGGUGUGCACCUCCAAGUCGGACCUGCGCACCAACGACUUCAGCAUCGUGGGCUCGCUCCCGCGGGACUUUGAGCUGUCGAACUUUGACUGCUACGGCAAGCCCAUCGAGACCAGGGGUGGCGCCGGGAAGUCCCAAGCCAAGAACAACAAGAAGCCCCCUCCCCCGAAGCCCGUCAUCCCCUCGGCCGCCAAGAGGGUCGACCUGUACGCGCGGGCCCUCUUCCCCUUCACCUUCCUCUUCUUCAACGUCAUCUACUGGUCCGUGUACUUGUGAUCCUCUUUAAUCCCCACAAAAAUCGGUGCUUCCUUGAAUCGAGCCCAGCGUGUUCAUCCUUCCAUCCAAAAUGAGUGCUGCAAUGAAGCUAAACCUACUAUAUGAAUAUUUAUCUUUACAUAUUUAAUGUUAAUUAUCAUCAUUUGUGCAUUAGAUGACCAGCCAGCCUUUCUUUCCCUGAAAAUACGGAAUCCUAUAUUGACUGCACCGGAGAUGGCGUGUCAGCAAAUCAGGAAAGACAGACUAUAUAUUUGGCAGCGUUGCAGGAUGCACAGGCGUAUAAAAGAGCAAAUGUAAAUAUAUAUUUAUGAUUCCACCGUUUAUUUGCCCACCGUUUUGAGGAGUUGCGGAAGUGGAACCUUGGCUUUACUUUGCAUGUUUUAGCAAGGGAACGCAUGCAUGCCAAGAUAUACAAGUAGACAUUAUGAACGUUGAUUUCGGGUUCUUUUGACGGCCGUGUGACAAGGCCACGCCCCCCUCGCAGCUGCGAUGUUCACCCCCAACCCCGUGAGUGAGGUCGCGAGCGCGUUUGUGAGAUUUGCAAGUAAUGAUCAAUAAAAUAUUACUUUUCACCGUG